AUGGUGCUGACAAAGCGCGCGUCGGAGAAUUCUGCACUAGGACUCUGCGUGGGGGAAAUACUCAAUCCAUUUAAAUGGUAUGGAAUCGCUGGCUACAUCUUGCAUAGUGGGUCUAGCAUCUUUGUUCCUUGGAUUGAUCUGCUCUACUCUGCGGGACUGUGCAACAUGCCGUACCUACAUGUACCCUGCGCACCCUCCGCACUACGAUCUCACUCUCGGCGUCCACCGUCUGGAAUUCUCACUCGGUCUCACAAGCAAUGUGAGCCUACAAUUCCACCUACACCCAAACUCUCUCUACGCCCGCAUCACCAAUCGAACCCCCCAAGCCCCACCACACCCAACUACACACACCAAACCAAACCAAACCACACCACACCACACCACCAUGUCCGCCUUGCGCGCCCCCGCCCGCCUCACCCGCCGUCUCCCCCCGCCGCCCACCGCCUCCUCAGCACAACCCCCCACCGCUACGCCGACUCCCAACGCCAACAAAUCAGCAUCUCCCCCGCCACCCCCCACAAAAAAUGGGCCGACCUCUCGGCCACGCAAAAGGCCGCCCGCACCGCCAGCACCAGCGCGAACCUCAUCACCAUAGUCGCAGGGAUGGCAUUAACCGGCGCCGUGUUCACGCUCCUCUACUUGGAGGUGUUUGCGCCCGACAGCGCCGCAAACUGGUUCAACACCAUCCACGCCCGCGUGCGCGCGGACGAGCGGUGCGUGGGCCUGCUGGGCAACAGGAUCAAGGCGUACGGCGAACCCACGUCGAACCGGUGGUCGCGGAACCGGCCGAUUGCGUCAAAGACUUGGAAGGACAAGUAUGGCGUGGAGCAUCUGGUGAUGCAUUUCAACGUAGAAGGGCACAUUGACCGCGGCGUUGUGAACGCCCACCUCGUGAAACGGCCCGGUGAGGGCGAGUAUACGUACCAGUAUCUAUUUCUCGAGGUCUCAGGCAAACCACGGAUAUACCUUGAGAAGGACGAGUCUAAGACUGAGCGCGAAGGAGGCCCCAAGAAGCGGCUGUUUGGCGUCCAGUGGGGCUGGUAG